AAAUUGUCGGCAGUUUAUCCUUUAAGAACAAAGUGGCUGCUCAGGUGCUAAGGAUGGAUCCCGCAGCAGCAAACGAGAUGGUGCCCAAAAACCCCUGGGCACCGGCUGAUGGUGGAUUUCGCGCGUGGCUCGUGGUUGCAGCCAGUUUCAUAAUUCAUGGACUGGUUUUUGGAAUCAAUCUUUCCUACAGUGUCAUUUACUAUGAGCUGCAGAGAAUUUUAGAUUCAUCGGGCGUCACGGAUACGUCUUAUAAAACAUCCCUUGUCGGCUCAUUAAGUCUCGGGAUGACCUUCGCCUUUUCUGCUCUGGCCGGCAUCCUCAUUGACAGAUUGGGCAACAGAAUGACCGCGAUUAUCGGUGGGUCUCUCGCACUCAUCGGAAUGCUUGCGUCAUCUUUCGUCGUUCAAUAUGUCGAAGCGCUUUAUUUCACCUACGGAAUUCUAUUUGGUUGCGGCGCCUCUCUUUCGUUCAACCCUUCCCUUUCCGUUUUGGGGCUGCAUUUCAGACGCAGAAUAGGAUUGGUGUGCGGAAUCGCGACGGCCGGCGCCUCGGUUUUCACUUUCAUUUUGCCGCCGGUGCUUGGAGCCCUGAUUCCAUCCAUCGGACUGGACUGGACGCUUCGAGUCGUUGCCCUUUUAAUGAUAAUCAUUAUUGCAGUUUCCUUUGCCUACACAGUGCCUGAAGGGGCUAAUGUUGGCAGAACGGAGGAAAAGAAACUGAAAAUUGAAUCUUUUCUUAACGUGAAAAUUUGGAAAAAUAAGAAGUUCGUCAUUUGGACGAUUGGAGUUCCUUUUGCAUUUUUCGGAUAUUUUGUCCCUUUUGUCCACUUGGUGAAAUUUGUAUCAAUUAACUUCCCAGGGGACGACGGAAAAACUUUAGUAAUGUGCAUUGGUGUUGCUUCAGCCGUGGGACGGGUGGGCUUUGGACUGCUUUCUGAUCACGAGAAAAUCAACAGAGUUUUGCUACAGCAAAUUUCCCUUUUUUUGAUUGGAAUUUUCACGAUGUUGCUCGUGCCAGCAAAUGCUUGGAUUUACAUGAUAUUGCUUUGCCUUGGCAUUGGUCUUGCCGACGGAUGUUUCAUCAGUCUUAUCGGGCCCAUCGCGUUUGACUUGUGCGGUCCCGAAGGCGCCGCGCAAGCGAUUGGAUUUGUGAACGGAAUUAGCGCAAUAUCCGUUACUCUAGGUCCUACAAUAGCUGUUCAUAUUUCCAGGUAAAAUGUUCGACCAUUUCAAUUCCUACACGGUUCCAUUCCUGUUGGCAGGAGCACCUUUGAUUCUAGGCUCACUUGGGCUUUUUGCGAUCAUGUUUAUUAAAAAUUGAAUCACCUUACAGAAUGAAAUUUGAUUAAUUUCAGUUAUAUUAUCAACAACAAUUAGAUUAAAAAUUUCAGUUUUGUGCUUAAAACGAUUGCUUUGCACGGAAAUAAAUAAAAAUAGAAAAAUUUGAUGCUUCUGGUGAGACUGGCAAGGGUAAAACACCUGGAUAAAAAAAAUUGAAACUAACCUGCUGCUUUUCGCUGGGAACAAAGCCCAAACUGAACUCGGCCGAUGCGUGUCGCCGGGCUGGACCAGAUUUCCUCUUGUUAUCACCCAAAAAGUCUUCAUUUCAACCGAAUUUUGAACAGAAAAUCGACACACGACAUGACUUGGCACAUUGCAAACAAUUACUGACUCCGCCCACUUAAUAUCCCUCCGAUUCGCACCACUACAGAAGGGCGCGAUUGCAAAGAGCACUAUUUUGCUGCAGGCGGCGCUUCCCAAUUCCCAAUUCAUUGCAUGAGCAGCACUUGAGUUGAGCGUGAGCGUCCCAGAAAAAAUUAGUCUGUUUUUUUUUUUCAAUAAUAUGUGGCACAAAAGAAAAUUAAAUCCUGAAUACAAUUAAAUAAAUGAUCCUCUGUGAAAUAAUAUUUAGGCAAUGAAAUGAACUUUCUUUGCGCAUUUGUCAAGUUUCAGAGUUUCAAAUGCGGAUAAAAAAAGACACCAUUUGCACAGAUCCACAUGUAUAAGAAAAAAAUUUUGUGUGAAGAAAAAAAAUGUAAUUUUCACUCUAAAAAUUAUGAAAUGAAAAUUAUUUGAGUUUCAAAUAAUUUUUUAUUAUAUUAACACCCUACAGGACAAACUGAGACAAACUUUCAUCAUACAAAGGGAAAAUAUAAAUUUUGAUACAUUUUACAAACCAGAAAAAACGGGAAAUAGAAGAGGAACAAUGUCAAAAAUUUAUCAAUUUUUUUGUCACAGUUUUGGCGGAAAGAUUUUGUUUGUUAAUUUUCGUAUUUUUUUUUAUAAGUAAAUUAAGAAACUUCAUUAGUGGAAUUCUUGCACGCUGUAAAAUUUCUGAAAUUUGUUGAUACAAUUUGCGUAAAAUUGCCCCGAGCUCCUUGUUAGUCGACAUUUUUCAGAACAUAAUAUGAUAAAAUUAAACACCUCUUUUAUUGUUUACCCGAGAGUGCAUAACAGGCGAUCGCCGUUUAUCAACAAGAAAAGCGCUUCUUUUUAUUUAUGAUUUCAAGACAAUUUAAAAGGGCUUAAUAAGAGCGCUGUUUUUCAUUGUUCUCUUAUAGCUAAAAGGUCACGAGGAAUAGUAGAUUCCUUUUCUGACCCAGGAUUUGGACUCGAUACCCAAAAAAAAUGUCUUUUCUGAUUUAUCUUUUCCAAUUAUCAUCAUUUUUUUUUUUUUGUAAAUUUGUGCAAACAAUGCUUUAAAUCAACAAUAAGACAAUCAACAAUAAAAAUUAUGCAAUAUAAUUCAAAUAUAUACAAUUAAACAAUCAGAAUCUUUUAAAUUGUUGUUGACACUAAUUGUAUUUCAUAAACUUUCAAAUUUCAAGCACUUUUACUAGAAGAAUUCUCUUUGAUCGUCAAAAUUUUGAAAAUGUGGACCACCAGCAACCAGCAGCAGCAGUUGCCCAUUCCUGAGGUCGAUCACCGAGAUGUCCGUGUCGCUCUUGCUGAUUACCGUUCACUUCGAGGAGUUGAUGAGAAUAUGGCGCACACGAUCCACUUUGUCACCACACAAGAUCCGAGGCAAGGCUCCAUCAAAGGACAACUCCUGCACAUAAGUUACAGCGUCGGCUUAGAUGGCGAGGAAUACUCAACAACCUUUUCUCUCCAAAUCAACGAACGAAACUCCACCACCAAAGUCCUCAAGGAGAUAAUGUUUCAUGCUGCCUACCUGCCAAGAGUUUUGAAGUUUUUCCCUCUCCAUGCGUCAAAGUUUCCAGUCCAAGAAAUGUAUCUAGCCCGAAGCUGUGAUGAGAAGUCUCUGCAUCACUAUUUAACACAUUUUUUCAAGUCCAGUUCAGCUGCUCGAAGGCCGCCGUCAGCUACUGGCCGAAAUAAUUUUGUGUGAAUACAAAAAUUGAAAAAAAAAAUGUAAUCUGCGCUACAACA